AUAAUUACCACGUCACCGAAUUAAAGACAAUGCUCAGCUCCAAGGCCCGAUGACGUCUGGUAGAGAGAUGAGGGUGGUUCUUUGUUUUUGAUUUGUUGGUCGCUCCCGACACCCGAGUACGAGCGAGCGAGCAUGAAUUGCCGGAGCCUGGAGGAAUACUGGGCCUUCUACGUGAGCCAGCACUCGAAGCCGUCCACGCGGCGGUGGCACUUUGGCGGCACCCUUGCCGCCCUCCUCUGUCUCCUCCUCGCCGCCCUCCGCGGCAGCUGGGGCUUCCUUCUCCUCGCCCCGCUUCUCGGCUACGGCCCCGCCUGGUACAGCCACUUCUUCGUCGAGGGCAACCCGCCCGCCGCCUUCGACCGCCCGCUCUGGUCCUUCCUCUGCGACCUCAAGAUGUUCGCCCUCAUGCUCGCCGGGCGGAUGGACCGCGAGAUCAAGCGCCUCGGCAAGAGACCCCUCCUCUAGGUCUUCUGAUCCCCCAUCGGAUCACAUCACGAUCCUCCGCUUCUCUUCUCGUUGUUGGACUCAUCUGCUGGCAACUCGAGAGCUUCAUCAUCUUUACAGUCCGUGAGCUUCUCAGAACUGCCUUCCCUUCCUCCUCCUCCUCCUCCGUCCUACCUGCUUUUGUAUUCCUUCGUGCACAAACAACCGGGAAGAGGGUUGGCAUAAAAGCACUCCUCGUGUCGUCGUGUUCGAUGGACCUUCCUCUCGUACGGCCCCCCGAGCCUGUCGGCGUGAUCCCUCUUCACCUGCUGCUGGAACUCCCCCCAGCUUAUUCCACCCGAAUCCAGCUGAUCCAUCAGCUUCACUAGCCUCUGCCUGAGAAGACAUUUGCUGGUUGAAGACAGCUGCUCGGUGGCGAAAUCAUGGAGCAGAACGGCAUCGCGUACCUGUCCGGGUUGAUGGUCUUCCGAAACCCCGCCAACCUUCGAUGCCCCUGCACUGCUUUGGCCAUGUUGCCGUCGUAGGUGUACACGAACACGUCGCUCCUGAGGGCGACGAUGUGGUCGAGGGCGGCAAGUCUGUUCUGGUACAUCUGCAGCGGCGCCAAUUCCUCGGCGGAUGCCAAGCUGCGGUGGGUGUGGAUGUUGGGGUACUCUGCUUUCAACGCGCCCAUGCUGUUGGCGCCGUAGAUUUCUCCGGCCACGAUGUAGAUGCUGGUGGCGAAAGGGUAGCCCAUUGCCUUGAGGAACAUGGCGGCUUCGCGCGGUGUCAUCGGACACCCUCCUUGGACUCGCUUCUCCCUGCUGUUGAUGUCCUUCUCCUUCCAGUGCCUCACGCUGUACCUCAUCACUCUCAGCUCUUCCGCCUCCGCCGCAGACAGGUUGUGGCUGCAGCCGGUAAACGACAGCAUGUCCUUCUCGUAUCUGCAACAUCGUCAUUCUAAGUUGUGUGUCCGAACGAAGACGAAGACGAAGUCGACGUCGACGUCGACGUAAACGCUGUUUAGAGCUUGCCUUAGAUGGAGUGCGAUGUAGUGAUUGCUGCCAUUCCUCAACCUGUCAACAAGUCUCCGUCCUAUC